UGCGGGGUGCGGAGAUUCCCGGGCUACCUCAGCGUUGCUGACCCGCACGCGCUACGUCCUCUGGAUCUUCGUUAUGGCUCUGAGCGGCGGGUCUCCACGGAUUACAGGCUGAGCUUCCUUCGGCCAGUUUCCCGAGGCUUCAAGAGGGGACUGGGCAGAAAGGGGGACCAGGAACCCUGGCGGCUUCCGUUUCAGUCUUUUGAGAGCUAGGCCCUCCAUUCCAGUCCUCCCCACACGCUCGGCCUCCCUGCUUUCAGAAACCCGCUCCCAGGAUAAAACAGCCACUCGGCCCGGGGAGCCGCUCCCCAGACCACGGAAGAAUGGCAGUGACCCAGCACGGAUUGGGGAUCCACUCAGGCAGCGCAGAAAGAGGGAGAUUAUACAAACAGAUGUAAAGAGCCACUUAACAACAUAUGGGAACCUGUCUACAAGGCUGGGACAGGAUGUAAGGCGCGAAGAAUCCAGUUUCAACCAAGUGGUGUUAUCAAAAAAGAUGCCAUCUCAAUAUUGGUUUGUGUUUAUUUUCACCUGACCCUGUGAGUGAAGAUAUCCUUGAUCAUUAUCCCAUCUGAACAUGUUCCUGCUCAACCAGUGUUACAUCACCAGGUUAAAAGAUAUGGAGAUAUCCAUGAGGAUUUGGAGAAGAGUCCAGUAGUUAUUAAAAUUCUGGAUUAGAUCUACUAGGAAAGGUAGAUGGACUAUAAGGCACUUGCCCAACAAACUGCUCAAGAAAUUUUAGGUUACUAUCAAGAUACAUCAGGCUGGAAAGUGGUUAAGAAUUCAAAAAAAGUAACUGUUUCCAGCAAGGCUUCUAAAAAAUUCCAUGGAAAUCUAUAUCGUGUUGAAGGAAUGAUUCCAGAAUCGACAUCUAAACUAUCUGAUUUCCUCUUCAAACCUGAAAACAGAGUCACAUGGGACAAAUCAUUGAAAAUGUACAACAUAGUACUAAAGAUUGAUUCGGAUACAUUCAUAUGUCAUACCAUUACACAAAGCUUUGCCAUGGGCUCAAUUUCCCCCCGAGACUUUAUCAACUUAGUCUCUUUGAAGCACUAUGAAGGGAAUAUGGAUGUUGUCAGUGCUACUAGUGUGGAUUUUCCAGCAUAUCCUCCAUCCUCAAGUUACAUCCGAGGUUAUAACCAUGCUUGUGGCUAUAUAUGUUUACCUGUGCAAGAGAAUCCAGCAUAUUCCAAACUAGUGAUGUUUGUUCAGACAGAAAUGAGAGGAAAAUUGGCCCCAUCGAUAAUUGAAGCAACCAUGCCUUCCAAUUUAGUAAGCUUCAUGCUCAAUGUAAAAGAUGGAAUAAAGACACAAAAAAUUCCAUCAAGACAUGGAUAUCAUCAUAAUGGGCAUUCAUCAUUCCUAAAGAAGAAAUGAGGCCAUUUAAAAAUCAUGUAUGGCAAUUACAGCCUUUUGCUUCUAAGUCAAUAUGCAUAAAUACUGUGGCACUCUUCUAAACAGUAUUCUUGAACAAAUUACUGAAGGUACUUCGUGAAAAUAAGACCACAUAGUUGUACAAGAGAACAGCAUUAAAUAUUGUUUUUAAUCUCAUAUAAGAAUGUUAAAUAACAAGGGUUCUUAAUGUACUUUUAUCUUUUGCUUUUUCCCCUGUAAAAUUCUCUGCAAAAAAGCAUCAAUAAGAAAGCAUAUGCAAUCAGAAGUCAGCAUUAAUUAAAGAUUAAAAUAUAUUUUAAA